CCCUACUUAAUAGCAACCCUGAGAAACCCACAUGGUGCCACACCACCAACGCAGCAACAAAGCAAAGGCGACCCGGAACAGCAGCUCACAGGGCAUGGCCACGGACGGCAUUCGCCGCGUCGCGGCGCUCCUCCUCCUGCUCGCCCUCGCGUCCACCGCCGCCCUGGCCACGCGCGACGGCGCCCAGGUCAAGACAAAGCCCUCGCCGGCCCUCAAGAAGCCGGACAAGCCAUUCGUUCCCUCACCGUCCGGCAAGAAGCCGGCCAAGCCGUACGUGCCGCCGGCCACCAAGCCCGGCUCAGGUGCCGUUGGCGGUGCGGGCGGCAGCGGGGGCGGCGUCAUCCCCACCAUCCCGGGCUUCGGCAGCAUCCCCGGGUUCGACGUUCCGGGCAUGGGCGGCGGGUGGGGCGGCGGAUACGGCGGGCCGACCGGCGGGUACUCGCGCGGCGGCGUGGUGGCCUCCACCACCGUGUGCUCCGAGAAGGGCCCCUGCUACAAGAAGAAGCUAACGUGCCCCAAGAAGUGCUACAAGUCCUACAGCGGCUCCGGCAAGGGCUGGGGCGGCGGAGGAGGCGGGGGCGGCUGCACCGUCGACUGCAAGACCAAGUGCAUCGCCUACUGCUGAUCGGACGGCGCGCGGAGUUGGCCGGCUUUUCCGAUUGGUCAGCGAGAGUGAUCAGUAAUUCAGUAUACGGGUCGAUCGUAGCGAAAUAUGCCGUGACAAUGCAUAUGGCUACUGAUGGCGAUAUGCAGGAGAGGCACAUAUGAGUGCUUUACGAUAUUUCUUCCCCGAUAAUUAAUCGGCUGCAAUGUGUUCUUGCUUCUACUACACUAGUAGUAUUACUCGGUAUUCCAUAGUGACUAGCUGGAUAUGCGUCUGUGACUAUGAGAAGUUGAGAACUCCUUAUCACUAUGAACCAAUAAAGAGAGACCAGAUAUGUAUGUACCCAUUCUAUUUUUAAAUAGAGGCAAAAACUUUAACUUCA